GGACAAGUCCCGAGCAGUCCGACAUUUUUAGGACAUUUAUAGCGGCAUUUUCCCCUUGUUAUGUCCGUUCAACGAAUGUCCAACACCGGUCUGCGUUCCCCCCCCUUUUUUGAAGGACUAUCCGAGCUUCUGGCGGAUGAUUUCGAGCCCCCCGGUGGAGUAGUUAGUAGGCAUGGGACGGACGACUGAGAUUUGAUCGUGCGUGUCUCCACUUUGGACUUCAAACAACAACAACAACAACAACAACAACAACAAAGGUGAGGACAGACCGAGGAGACGAAGACAAUAAGACGCAUGUAGUCUGACUCCGACGCUGCAGCGAUCGCUUCUAAAAGGCUUGACGAUGGGUUGCGUCAAGAGUAAAGAGGACAAAGGCCCCGCGCUGAAGUACCGACCGGAUAACAACACCAAUAACACUCCCGUCAAUGCCCACCUGGGCCACUACGGGCCCGAGCCCACCAUGAUGGGCUACUCGCCGGCAGCGAAGAACCUCAAUAAUAGCUACAACAGCCACGCCGCUGCCAGCGCCCUCACACCUUUUGGCGGGGCGUCGUCCACCAUGACGCCCUUUGGCGGCGCCUCCACCUCCUUCACGUCGGUUGCUGUGAGCAGCCCCUUUCCCGGUGUGAUCACAGGCGGUGUCACGUUCUUUGUGGCGUUGUACGACUACGAAGCGAGGACGUCGGACGAUCUGUCGUUCAAAAAAGGGGAUCGCUUCCAAAUUAUCAACAACACGGAAGGAGACUGGUGGGAGGCUCGUUCCAUCAACACGGGACAGAAGGGUUACAUCCCCAGCAACUAUGUGGCCCCCGCUGACUCCAUACAGGCUGAGGAAUGGUAUUUUGGCAAGAUGGGCCGCAAAGACGCAGAGAGACUUUUAUUGCUACCGGGAAAUCAGCGAGGGACAUUCUUGGCCCGAGAAAGCGAGACGACCAAAGGUGCCUACUCUCUGUCCAUCCGGGACUGGGAUGAAGUAAAGGGAGACAACGUGAAACAUUACAAAAUCCGAAAGCUGGACAGCGGCGGUUAUUACAUCACCACCCGAGCUCAGUUUGAGACGCUACAGAAGCUGGUCAAACACUACACGGAACACGCCGAUGGUCUGUGCUACAGGCUGACGACGGUGUGUCCCACGGUGAAGCCGCAGACCCAGGGCCUGGCCAGGGAUGCUUGGGAGAUCCCCAGAGAGUCUCUGCGACUGGAGGUCAAACUGGGCCAAGGCUGCUUCGGAGAGGUCUGGAUGGGCACGUGGAACGGUACCACCAAAGUGGCUAUCAAGACCCUGAAGCCCGGCACCAUGUCGCCAGAAGCUUUCCUGCAAGAGGCCCAGAUCAUGAAGAAGCUGCGGCAUGACAAGCUGGUGCCUCUCUACGCCGUGGUGUCCGAAGAACCCAUCUACAUCGUCACCGAGUUCAUGGGCAAAGGCAGUCUACUGGACUUCUUGAAGGAGGGAGAUGGCAAAUAUCUGAAGCUGCCCCAGCUGGUGGACAUGGCUGCACAGAUCGCGGACGGCAUGGCCUUCAUCGAGAGGAUGAACUACAUCCACAGGGACCUGAGAGCCGCCAACAUUCUGGUCGCGGACAACCUGGUGUGUAAAAUUGCCGACUUUGGCCUGGCGCGGCUCAUCGAGGACAACGAGUACACCGCCAGACAAGGGGCCAAGUUCCCCAUUAAGUGGACAGCGCCGGAAGCAGCUCUUUAUGGACGCUUUACUAUCAAAUCGGACGUGUGGUCGUUUGGUAUACUACUGACUGAACUGGUCACCAAAGGCAGAGUGCCCUACCCAGGCAUGGUGAACCGGGAGGUGCUGGAGCAGGUGGAGCGAGGCUACCGCAUGCCGUGCCCUCAGGGCUGCCCCGACUCGCUCCACGAGAUGAUGCAUCACUGCUGGAAGAAGGAGCCGGACGAGAGGCCCACCUUCGAGUACAUCCAGUCCUUCCUGGAGGACUACUUCACGGCCACCGAGCCCCAGUACCAGCCGGGAGACAACCUGUAGUCCCACGGUCCUGGACUCGGUGACGCGAGUGAACGAGCUGGAGCAAAGUGCAAGAGGCGGAAGAAAUGGCCACAACACUGUGAUCAAUACCAGACUAGUUAGUCCUCCUCAUUUCAAAUUGAUUUUCUACUGUUUUUAUAAUGAAUCAACUCUUUUUUUUUUUUUUUUUCUCUUACCUUUUUUUCCCUGUUUUCUGCAAAAAAAAUAAUUCUCCGCCAUUUGAGUCGAAAGAUCUUUUAUAUGUACUAGAGAUGCGCGGUUUGCGGACACAACCGCUGAAUCCGCGGAUCGGGCGGUUGAAAUAAAAAAAAAUUAGAUUUUAUCCGCGGGUCGGGUCGGGCGGUUGAAAUUAAAAAAAAUUAGAUUUUAUCCGCGGGUCGGGUCGGGCGGUUGAAAUAAAAAAAAAUUAGAUUUUAUCCGCGGGUCGGGUCGGGCGGUUGAAAUUUAAAAAAAUUUGAUUUUAUCGUCGGGUCGGGCGGUUGAAAUUAAAAAAAAUUAGAUUUUAUCCGCGGGUCGGGUCGGGCGGUUGAAAUUAAAAAAAAUUAGAUUUUAUCCGCGGGUCGGGUCGGGCGGUUGAAAUAAAAAAAAAUUAGAUUUUAUCCACGGGUCGGGUCGGGCGGUUGAAAUUUAAAAAAAUUAGAUUUUAUCGUCGGGUCGGGCGGUUGAAAUUAAAAAAAAUUAGAUUUUAUCCGCGGGUCGGGUCGGGCGGUUGAAAUAAAAAAAAAAAUUUGAUUUUAAAUAGAUUCAGGCGGGUGGCAGUUAAACCAAUUCGGAAAUAUAUAUACAUAGUUAAAUGUUGUUACCCACAUACGAAAAACGAGCAGGCACCUGCAGCAUAUGCCACAACAGAAGAAGAAAAGAAAAAAAGAGAUGGACACUUUUACGGAGCAGAGAAGGGACGCCUCGCCGGGGUCCCUUCCCCCGAGAGGGCCCCACCGGGAGCCGUAGCUGAGGCGAUCCGCGAGAAGGGCCCGACGCACGUCCAGGGUCACCACCGCGCCCACCGCACCGACACCCCGCCUCGUCCGCCUUCGCCGCGGCCGGCGUCACGCGCAGCAGGUAAGCAGCUUACCUGCCCGCCACCCCCGUGGCCGGGGGGCUCGUAACAGGGGUCACUCCGCGCGCUUCGCCCGCGCAGCUUACCUGCCCGCCACCCCCGUUGCCGGGGGCGCGUAACAGGGGUCACUCCGCGCGCAGUGCGCUCACGAAAGGGGUGGGGCUCACCCUGGUGAGCAGAGAGUGAUGAGCAGAACUGGCGCUGCGGGAUGAACCGAACGCCGGGUUAAGGCGCCCGAUGCCGACGCUCAUCAGACCCCAGAAAAGGUGUUGGUUGAUAUAGACAGCAGGACGGUGGCCAUGGAAGUCGGAACCCGCUAAGGAGUGUGUAACAACCCACCUGCCGAAUCAACUAGCCCUGAAAAUGGAUGGCGCUGGAGCGUCGGACCCAUACCCGGCCGUCGCCGGCAGCGAGAGCCGCG